GUAGAGGGAGGACGCUCACCUCGCUUCUCAGACUUGCGUGGACACAACCCCUGCCUGGCCCAGGACCUCCCCUCUCAGACCAGGAAGGUGAGGAUAGGAUGUCCGAAGGCCCCUAGCAUCCAGGACUGGUUGCUGACGGUCCGGGACGGAGAGAGGAUGGGAGAAAGGGGGCCGAUCGGGAGAUUGGGGCAGAAGCUUAGUCCGAGGACCCGCGCAAAAUUAACCCCCCAAGAGUCAACUGCGGGGCUGGCGCAGCUAGUCCCCCUAAACUACCUCUGGGCUCAGGCUGUCGACUCCGGUUCCAGGGGCUCCAGCGGUGGAGAUUCCUGGGUGCAAAGGCCGCGCCAAAACCUUCGGGAGGGAACUCCCCUUGCAGAGAAAGACUCUGGGCCCCCCGGGCUGGCAGAUUUUCGCUGGGGCUGCCAAUGUGUCGUCCGGCUCUCGGCCUUUGCCCGAGAAAGCCGCCUGAAGGGAAACGGAUUAGUACGAUCGGUAGGAGCCAGAUAGGUAUCCCUGCCGAACCUGGGGUGUGGUGGGGACUAGCCAACAGUCAGAAACACCACGUGACACCCCCCCCCCCGCCUCCCCCUAGUAUAAAGUCCCUUAGAGUUCACCUCUCCAUUCACAGUGGCUACUAGUUACCGCCUGGACUCGGCUGGAGUUCCUAUCCUCCUCCUCUUUUUCCCUUCGUCCGUCCUUUCUUCCCUCCCCGCCCCUCGCUUUCCCCACCCCCUCCAACCUCUCCAUGUAGCCUUCAGCUCUUCCGCCUUAAGAAGCGGGAAGGGGGGAGAAGGUCUUUCCAACCCCCUUCCAACAGCAAAGAAGACCAGCCUCCCCCCAUAGGGAGAGGAGGUGGAAGAAAGUGACUAAUUUCGCCCCCCGGCUCCGCCCCCGCCCCAAUCCUUCACACACACACUUCUUCCCACUAGCUCCGGAUCGCCCUAACUUCUUUCGAGAGAGACUGGGCGCACGCGGUUGGGGAAAAGUUCAGUUCUUGACCGCCAGGGGACGCUUCAUAGCCGGGGGACACCCCCACUCUCUGUGCUCACCCCCGACUGGUCCACCUCCCCCCCACCCCUCCCUUCCCUUCCCCUCCCCGCGCGCAAAACACACACGCACCAAGACCCAGCGAGCCGGAGCCGGAACAGAGACAGCGGCGGCGGCGGCGGAACGCUCGGAGCGCGGGUCCCAGAGCCGCCCGCCGAGGACUAGGCGGCCGCGGCGGCCACCACCAUGACCCUGGGCGGCUGCUGCUGCGAGAUCAUGUCCUCCGAGAGCUCUCCGGCAGUGCUGUCCGAGGCCGAGGGGGACAUAGACGUGGUGGGCGGCGGGGGCGGAGGAGGCGACCCGCUGCUUAGCGCCGCCAUCACCCCCCGGGACGCGUGCAAGUACGGGCCGGAGGAGGAGGAAGGGGAUGAGGAGGAGGAAGAGGAGGAAGGAGAGUCCUCGGACGGCGAACCUCGGCUCCUCCCGCCGCCCACCCCUCGGGGGGCCGGGCCCAAGGGGGGAGCUGAGCCCAGCCCCGGAGGGGAGCCCCCCGUGGCCCCCAGGGGCGCGGCGGCCGGAGCGGACAAGGCGCCGUCGGGGGCUGGCAAGAACCCGCUGGUGAAGCCGCCCUACUCGUACAUCGCGCUCAUCACCAUGGCCAUCCUACAGAGCCCCAAGAAGCGGUUGACGCUGAGCGAGAUCUGCGAGUUCAUCAGCGGCCGUUUCCCUUACUACCGGGAGAAGUUCCCCGCCUGGCAAAACAGCAUCCGCCACAACCUCUCGCUCAACGACUGCUUCGUCAAGAUCCCCCGAGAGCCCGGCAACCCGGGCAAGGGCAACUACUGGACGCUGGACCCGGAGUCCGCCGACAUGUUUGACAACGGCAGCUUCCUGCGGCGGCGAAAGCGCUUCAAGAGGCAGCCGUUGCCGCCCACGCACACUCACGCGCACCAUCCGCAUGCCCACCCUCACCCCGAGCUGCUGCUGCGCGGAGGCGACCCCGGCGCCUUCCUUCCAGGCUUCGCUGCCUACGGCGCCUACGGCUACAGCUACGGGCUGCCACUGCCCGGCUACCACGCACACCACGCCGGCCCUCCGCAGCCCCAACACCCGCACCCAGCCCCGCACACCGGCCACCCCGCCGCCUUCUCCUUCGCCGCCGCUGCCGCUGCCGCCCCGUGCCCCUUGGCUGCGCCCCCUCCUGCUCCUCCUCCGCCACCGCCGCCGCCACCGCCGCCAGUGCAGUCUCAGACGGCCCCGGCCUCUGCCCCAGCCCCGGGCCCCCCGACGGCGGCCGCCUCACUCUUCGCCGCAACUCCAGCGGGCCUGCCAUCCUUUCUGGGGGCCGAUCUGGGCUGCCGGAAGGCCUUUUAUCCCGCGCAGCUGAGCCCCCCAGCUGCGGGCACCGCCACCAGCCUGCCUGCGGCCGCGGCCGCCGCAGCCCUGCUGCACAGCCUGAAGGCGGACAGUGGGGGAGGCGGCGGCGGUGGCGGUGGCGGCGGCAGCGGGGGCUCCGGGUCUGCGGGGCGGCCCUCCUUCUCCAUAGACCAUAUCAUCGGGGGCGCGGCGCCCCCAGCCGGUCCGGGCCCCGGGUCGGGCGGUGGAGGAAAUGGAGGGGGAACGGGCGCCGGGGGAGGGUCACCUUCGUCGCCGUAUGCCACUGCCCCGAGCGGGGGCCAAGCCCAGGUGCUGGCGGUGCUGCCGGCGCCCGCGCUGACGCCCGUGCCGGCCCAUUUCCGCCUUUCGCACCCCGGGGACGCAUUGCUGCAGUCUGGCCCUAACUUCGCCAGCAAGAUCCCUAGCCUGAGCGGCUGCCACUUCUGAACCAACGACCGAACGACUCCGAGCCGCGAGGAACUUGGGGGCCCGAACUUUGCAAAGACGCUGGGGGCUCUUCACGUCUCUGUCUCCCCUGGCUCGUCUCCUCCUUAUUCAGCCGGCCUUGCUCCAAGGGGGCCGAAGGAAGGAAGGCUUGCGGGGGUGGGGUGUGUGUGUGUGUGAGGUUGGCCCUGGAGCAGCACGCUGCCUACACUCGGGUCAUCCUCCUUGGCCUGUGCCUCCCCGCGGGUUGGUCUCGUAUUGGUGAGCGUCCGCGAGGAUCUCUGGACCGAGGAGGACAAGGGCGGAGGGCGGCGUCGGCCAGCGGCAGGAGCCCUUCCACUUGUGUCUCCUUAGAACGAAGCGGGGUCCAGGAGCCUGGCGCUGGACCCCGGGACGCAGCCAGGAGGCCUCUUCUGCGACCACCGAGAUCCGGAUGUUUCGUGCCAACCGGAAAACCCUGUGGGAGUGAGGGUGGUGGGAGCGGGGAGGGCCUAUGGGAAGAGGGUAUUUUGACGAGUGAGCUUGGCCCCCUGGAUCCGGCUUGCCCGAUUCCGAUGGAUGGGACCCCCGGAUAAUUGCCUGCUCUCUGCUUCCCAGUGGCCGAUGCGGACGCGGCCUCCACCAGGCGGUGAGAAUUCCACCCCGAUUUCCCAUUCCCUUUUCCCCAGCUCCGAGGUCGGAGUUGUCCCGGGGUUGCCCUUUAAAGAAACGUAAGUCUAUGUCUUGUGUACUUACCUCCCCCUUUUCCCCGCCGCCCCCUGCCACCUACCCCAGCGAAGUGAGGUCCCAUUUCUGUGGAGGCUGCAGAGAAUUGGUCGCUUUCAAGUCCUUUAGGAAUCCCCCGCUCUGCCCUCACGCAAGCGAAGCAUGUCUACACGGAACAAAGCUAAGGGCAAGGGUGGCAGUCACCCGGAUAAUUCGGGCAUAAAUUUAAAAACCGACCCCUCCCCUUGCUAAGGAAAGAGAUUCAGGUCUUUUCAGCUUUCCUCCGCACACUUCCAGGCCUCUCAGGCUGGUGUCGGGGGGAGGCAGGCGAGGUGCAUCCCAACCUUAGAUACUCACGGCUAACCUCUCUUCCUCUUCCUCAUCGCCUCUUCUUCGCUAGCUCCCUUUUCUGGUCACCCAACACCGCCCUAUUUAUUUUCUCCGAAGGCAAAAGAGUUUCGAGAAGUGAGGGGCACAGAGAUCCUCUUCCUCCCUUGUUUGUGGAAGGCGGGGAACGAGGCCUAGCGCCUUCCGUGCCCCCCACUCCCGUCCUGGACCUCCUGAUGGAAUCCUUUCCCGGGCCCUGUAAGGUAUUUGUAAAUAGUUUAGAGCUGGCCUGACCUCCAAGGACGCCGGCUCUUUUGCUGCUGGCUCGGUCCACGAGAGGGGAGCCUGGGCAGAGGAUAGCCGGGCAGAUCUGUGACCCCCUCCCCGCCUUGAAUGGGUUGUGUGGAAGCAAGGGAACCUCUGCCACUUGCCCUAUCCCCCAGCGCAGCCCCAUUUCUCUCCCCACCUUUCCUGCCCGGCCUCGGCCGGACUCCUGCUCCUGCCCCUGCCCCAAUUGGUGUCAACGAAUAAAUGUUUGUGGAUUUCACUGAA